AUGGAAGUCAAACAUCGAGCAGCACCUAGCUUGCCAGACUCAACUGCUGGUAGUGUUGAGAACGUUGAUCCAAUUGAGCUAGAUAAUGCCAACACUUUAGUGGUCGUUGCAUUUUCUGAUGAUUGCUCGGAAGAAACAAAAGAAUGGUUAAAAGGAAUGUUUAGCGCACCAGGUACAACUUUGGUCUGUAUAUUUUUUGCACUUAGGUGAAGAUAUAUAUUUGUGAUGUUGUCUGUGAGUGUGUGCACACCGGGUAAGCUGAAAAGUUUGCUUGCAUGACCACGGUGGGAAUCGAACCCGCGACUUUCUGUGUGCUAGUCCAAUGCUCUACCAACUGAGCUACGAGGUCGAGUCGGUUCGAAUGUGUGAUAUUUCUAGCUCCUUCGAUAUCAGUGUUUUCACGAUAUUGUUUCGAUUUUGUUUAUGGUGUUAUACACACUUAUAUUGAGGGAACUGGACUGAUUUGCGAAAUAUCACACACUUGAACAGACUUGACCUCGUAGCUCAGUUGGUAGAGCAUUGGACUGGCAAACCAAAGGUCGCGGGUUCGAUUCCCACUGCGGUCAAGUAAACUUUUCAGCUUGCCUGGUGUGGACACACUCAGAGACAACAUCACAAUCUGUUACUGUUUUGUAGAGCCUCGUUUGACCAGAAUAUGAGAGUUGAGGGAACUGUCGUGCGAGCUCUCGCCUAUCAACUCUUGUCCUCGGUUGACUGGGGGUGGUUGUUCAAACCUGGAUUAGCGCUAACCUUGGGUUAACAUUUAACCUGCUGUUUUGGUUUGUGUAUUAUUUCUGCAUGUCUGUCUAGUUCAAAACUUUGGAAAAUAAAACUCCUGUUGACCCAGACAAGAUUUCUAGAAAAACAAACAUUUCCAUGUAAAAAUUAAAAAGGUGUUGGGAAGAUUGCUUUGAAUAAUUUGCUAACCUUAGAAUUAAGCUGAAAGGUAACCGACUUCUGAACAACCGACCCUGGAGCUUUAUUUCGAAUACAAAAUAGGUAAAUGUAUUUACAAUGCGUUUAGUACCACAAGGUGCUGGACUUCAGGUGAAACCAGUGUUAGACCAAGACUCCAAGAAAACAUUCCACCUCUCCGCAACGGAGAAACGACUCAUUCGUGGAGCCGAAGACCUCAAAAUGAAGAAACGGGACAAAAAUAAUGAACUGCAGGAAAUCACGCAGGAAAAUUGGCAAGACUUGCAGGAGGCCUGUGAAAACAGCAAUAUGCGACUUCUGAACACCGCAGACAAGCAGAUGAUUAUUUUUGAUGCUUUGAAUGAUUUGAGAGCCCCGGAGGAUAUGGCAGUGCCAGGAUGUCCGGAUAAACAAAUGCACACUGGUCAGGCAAUAAGUAAGUUAUAGAGAUGUAACAAAUUAUAUUGUAUUUGUUGGUGUUUGUACUCAUGUGAAUAUGAUGUUUGUGAUGUUAAACCUGUUUUCCACUAGGCGGAAUUUUGCGCGCGGAGCGGAAUUUUUCUUUGUCUUUUCUAAUUAGUUCCACCCGAGAAAUCACAAGACAAAGAAAAAUUCCUCUCCGCGCGCAAAAUUCCGCCUAUUGGAAAACCGGCUUUACUCUGUGUGUGCAUCCACACUGGGCAAGCUGAAAAGUUAGCCUGACCAUGCACAGUGGAAAUCGAACCCGCGACCUUUAGUCCAAUGCUCUGCCAACUGAGUUACGAGGUCAGUUCGAGAUGGUGAUAUUUCGGGGCUGGGUCCAGUUCCUUCAGUAUCAAUGUAUUCUAAGAUAUGAUACUUUUUGUGUUUGUUGAUCCGAAAGGUCACAGGUUCGAUUCCCACCGUGGUCAGGCAAACUUUUCAGCUUGCCCGGUGUGGAUACACACUCAGAGUAUUUACAUCACAAACAUCGAAACAAGUUAUAUUAAGAACUCUGAGAGAGAAUAGAGAAACGAAGUACUUUGCAGGUUCAGCAAAUAAAUAUGAUCAUAACAUUUCCCGGAAAUUUUUGUUCACAACUUUAUUUUUGCUCAACACUAGUUCCGUUGGUGCAAGCAUUUGGCCAUGUCACUCAGAUCGUUCCACUACACAACAAAGAUGAGUUAAAUCCACUCAAGAAGAAAUGGUAUACAUCUUUUGAAUGGAAACAACCUCUAGGUAAGCUAGUGUAUACUCUUAAGAAACACAGGAAAAGGAACGGAUGCAGCUUUGAAUUACGUUUAAAGAUAAGAGCUGAGUUGUGAAGGACGCAACUCAAAUGUGACCGAGUCUUAUUAGAGCGUCUCUGGCUGCCACCGUAGAACUGAUGACGGAACACCGCUAUUCUAGGGAGAGAAACUCUUGGAGCACAGGAGAACACCAACCACAAAUCUACUUACACAGCUUUUCAAGCACAUCACAUCACAUGCAUAUUUUAAACGUUUUACAGUAGGGGACCAUUCUCGUACCCAGAGCCCUUCUUACGCGCGUUCGACCGAGCGCGACGAAAUGGCCAAAUCCAUAUCCGAACUGGCCAAAUCCAUAUCCGAACUGGCAUCUGAUCAGGUUAGCUAGUUGUAAUACCGGAUAUUGUUUUCUUACCAUGUUUUUAUGGUAUCUGGUUAUGGAUUUGGACAGAGCCCCUCGUCGCGCUCGGACGAACGCGCGUAAGAAGGGCUCUGGGUACGAGAAUGAGUAGGGGACCAAAACCAAGAUUGGGACCCAGUGUGUGCUCCCCAGAGUAAGAAUUAGGUCACUCGUGGUAAGGUUAGGGCCCAGUCUGACCCACCAGUAUAUAUGUUAAAAAUAUGCCUUACAUCACGUCAGAGCAGGUUAGUCCCACAUCAACUAACACACUAGAGUAGCAAGCUUAAUUCAGCAGUAAGAAGCGGCACACUAACAACCUAUUCAAAGCAUUUUAAGAACUACAGUAUUUAUUUUCUGUGUUUGUGUACAUUACACCAACACAGAAAAUAUCAUGAUUACUGGAUUACUUUGAUAUCGAAGGAACUAGAUUCAGUUUCGAAAUAUCACAUACUCGAACCGACCUGACCGCGUAGCUCAGUUGGCAGAGCAUUGGGCUGGUGUUCCAAAGGUCGUAGGUUCGAUUCCCACCGUGGCCAGGCAUAUAUUUCAAGCCUGCCCGGUGUGGAUAUACACUCAGAGUAACAUUACAAGCAUACAGUAUUUAUGUUUUUCUCUGUUCAUAGAUGAAAUCAAAGAUUACUUUGGUUCAACAAUUGCAAUUUAUUUUGCUUUCCUGGAGUACUACACCUUCGCCUUAGUUCCUCUAGUCCUACUUGUAUUUUUCUUCUCGUUAAUCAACCUGGAUGAGCUGUGGUACAACAUCAUAUUCGCCUUGAUCAAUGUACUCUGGGGAACUUUGUUCCUGGAGUUUUGGAAAAGGAACUGCGCAACAAUGACUCAUCGCUGGGGAACGUUGAAACAUAGUUUAGGUAAUUGCGUGAAUGUUCGAGGUUUUAGUUUUUGCCUGUUUCGAUCUCUUUUUUCCACUGUAUCAUUCUGACCGAGGACGUAACUUGAGUUUAAACAUUAAGGGGUGUGGAGUCGCUUUGCCCAACAAAAAAGAUUGUGGCCAUUGUCAAAUUUAGAGUAUCUGAAACCCCAUUUCAUGCACUUUGGGGGAGGAAGAUUUUACCGAAUUCUGAUGGUCAGAAAACGACGUGUAUUAGAUUAGCAAAUUUUUAAAAUUGCUCAAAAGUCUUGAUCUGAUCUCAUCAUGAAUGUAUUUUUGCCCAACAAAUGAUUGAAUGUUUGACCUACAAAAUUGUUUUUCUCAAACAUUAGGGGGAUGCAACAUCUUUAAUAAUUUUCUCCUUUUAACGUAAUUUUCUCUUUCCUGCCUGUUUGUAUUGUAAAAAGAAUGUUUGAAGUUCUGAACUUAAUUCUUUAACACUGGAUUACUCUUUCCCCCAGCUGAAGAAAACGAAGAAGAUCCACGGCCAUUAUUUAUCGGUGAAACACGAACCAGCCCAAUAACAGGAAAGAAAGAAAUCCACUCGCCCGACCACCAUCGUCACCUCAAAAUAGCAUGCGUCUCAGUUCCUAUAAUUCUGUUUUGUGUCUACAUUGCAAUCACUGUCAUGUCGGGUUAUAUCCGUAUACAAGAUAGUCUGAAUGAAAAGUAUGCGAAGGAAACAGGAUUUACGGCGACAUUUAUGACAACGAUGCCAAGUGUUGUGUACACUAUCGUGAUUCUCGUUCUCAAUAAUUUGUACCUCAGGACUGCCACGAUGUUGAAUGAUUGGGGUAAGAAUUUUUCAGCCUGGGCUGGAAAAAUAUUGGAACAACAUUCCCUGUCCAGUAAAUUGUUGUUUUCCAAAUGUGUGUUUUUUUUCCUCCCUCACAGAAUUAAAUCUGAAACAAUAUUUCUUGGUUUGCCUACCUUCAGGAAACUGUGGCUAAAAAACAGUGUUUUCUGGUUUGUCCACCUUUGGGGAACAUGGCCAUGAAACAAUGUUUCCUGAUUUGCCCACCUUCAGGAAACAUGACUAGGAAACAAUGUUUCCUGGUUUUCCCACCUUCAGGAAACAUGACUAGGAAACAAUGUUUCCUGGCUUGCCCACCUUCAGGAAACAUGGCUAAGAAAAAUGUUUCCUGAUUUGCCCACCUUCAGGAAACAUGAAUAGGAAACAAUGUUUCUUGGUUAGUUGCCCAUUACGCGCUACAAGUCAUCAUCAUAUUUGUCAAAAUAUUUUUAUUACAGAAAAUCAUAAACUGGAAUCGAGUCAUCAGAAUCACCUUGUUAUUAAAUUAAUUUCGGUGAGUAUUGGAACCUUAAGUAUAGGAUUAUCAGUCAUUACCAUUAUUUAUAACCACUUUCUCAACACUAUUUUUUAGUUUUUCUUCAUCAACAACUUUUAUUCGUUAUUCUACAUCGCCUUCGUACUUCAAGAUAUGGACCUUCUGGGAAAUGUGAGUAUCAUACGGAACGAAAAGCUAUGUUUUAAGCUAAAAAUCCAACCUGCGACUUUUGAUUCGCUAGUCCAAUGGUAUACCAACUGAGGUACGAAUUCAAGUCGGUUCGAGUAAUGGUGAUAUUUUGGAACUUUAAUAUAAGUAUGUCUUAGCAUUCCUAACUGUCGUAGCUAGACUGAAGUUUCGAAAUAUCUCCUACAUGAAAUGACUUCCUCGUAGCCAGCGCCCUAUAUUCACCAGGCUGCAGUAAUACCUAUAUUAUGCUGAAAUAAUUACCCAAAUGCGAAUGCAUUUAAAGUCAUAUCAGUUAUAGAUGCAUGCUUAUGGCCGCCCUAAUGCUCUAUAGACUAUACAGAAUCAUACAUUGUGAUUCACAAGAUUAUAAGGCCAUUUGGUUUAAUUAAUAAUUUUUAUAACAUUAUAAAAUUAUGAUAUAUCACUAUACUUAUAGCAUUUAGCAGCGUUGAUGAUAACAUCUCAGUUAACUGGUCAAGUAACAGAACAGCUCUUGCCCUAUAUCUUAUACAAAACCCGCUCAACCAAAUUGAAUAAAGAAAGCAAAACUUUGGGUCUCUUCGCCAAGAUCGAGAAUGAUAUUGAAUACCAAAUGAAACAAGAACCAUACUGGGUAAGUUUCGGACGGGUAUCCUUUUUGCGAUUAUUUUUUGUCAAAAAACUAUGUCCUUUCAACGGGAGGUUUAUUAGGCUGUCGCUGUGUUUUGUAGCAUUUAACAGGACUCUUUUUGUUGUAGGGUGUUUUCUGGGACUAUUUGGAACUAUUCUUACAGUUUGGCUACGUAUUUUUAUUCUCAUCUGUCUACCCUAUGGCUGCGUUUUGGGCAUUGUUCAACAAUGUGUUUGAACUGAGAACCGAUGCCUUUAAGAUAAGCAAGAUUUCCCAGAGAAUUUUCGCGCAGCCUUCUCAGGGGAUUGGGGCGUGGCAGGUAAUGGGUACAAGGUGUUUAAAUUAUAUGAGUUUAAAACAUGCAGUUUUUGGGUUUGCAUUCUUUUUAUAACAACUACAUGUCCACUGUAAGAUAUUCGAAUUUUGCACAUGCUAAAAUACUUUUCAACCUGUUAGCGUAACGCCACAAAUAUUUAGAAAAAUUGUAUGAUUAGAUGGCAUGGAGGCAAUUUAUUAUUUUUGUCGCUGUCCCUCCCUUAAUUUGUUACAUUUGUAGUGUUACAUGAUCACAGGUGUAUGAUAGUAAUUCUAAAGUCUUUAUUCAAUAUCCUGUUAGAUUGCAUUUGAAAUAAUGAGUGUCUUGGCAGUCAUGACAAAUUGUGCUUUAUUGGCAAUGUCGCCAGCUGUUCAGAGAUGGCUGCCCUCGGAUUUCACAACUCUUAACACCAUAUUGGUUUUCGUAGCUGCCGAAGUAAGUUGUAAUCAGGGCUUUCAGAAUUAUUCAGAGUAGGCGCGUCUGUUUUGAUAAAGUAGGCGGCUGUUGGAAGGAGGCGGUCUAAAAUUUGAGACUUGGAAAAUUGAUUGACUCCUCAAUUUCCAUAGCUCACCCCCACCUAUACUUCACGACCAGUCCCUUGCUUUCAUUCUUCAACAAAGUAACUUCAAGAUUUAAGAUGGCAAAUAACUAAAUCAGUUUUACAAAAUAGUACGUCAUUUUCGAAAAUAACCAGGCUAUAUAAAGUGGACCAAGUUGAGGAAAAAUAACUUUGUUUUAAAGCUCAGAGUGGAGGAACGAGAGCAGAAUUGAUAAUUCAAGUACUAAACACAGUAACCGGCGGUAAACUUCGUGCCACCCGCCGGAACUCCGGCAGCCGCCGGGUUAUUUUAAAAGCCCUGGUUGUAAUAGAACAUUUUAGGCUAGCCUGACUAAAUCUGCCAUUAACCCAUUAGCUAGGUUGCAUUGCACCCUAAUUGGCCAUACUUUAUUAUUUUACUCGUCAAGGGAAGAGUACUGGCACUCCUUAAUUUUUGUCUGCCCAUUACUAAACUCCCAACCAGAUGCUGAUCAACCUCAGGUUUAUACCCCCUACCAGGUCAAACUAAAUUGAGCUUGAUUGCAUAUUUUUCAAAUUAGGUUUCAAUUAAGUGUUAAUGGUCAUUGUAUAUUUUUUCAGCAUAUUCUGUUAGGUACCAAGUUCAUCAUAGCAACAAUCAUCCCAGAUGUCCCAGGCUGGAUACAAGAAGAGUUUGCAAGAAAAGAAUACCAACGCAAAGAAGCGUUAGCUGUAAGUAUUGUCCGAAAAGACCGAAUUUGUAUUCAUCCAAAAAAGACUAACAUAUUAUUGGUUCCCAUUUGGGGAAAAUUUAAGUUAAGCAAUCCCAUAUGAGACUUUAACACAAAGGCAGGUGGAGGCCAAAUAAUGAGAUUCUAAUGAGAUUCUUUUGUUUGAAUGCCCUCCUCCAUGUGCACUGAACUGGAGCAUGAUGAAACCAUAUAGAUCAGAGGGUAAAGUGGUGGUUUAGAAACCUGAAGAAAGGAGUUCAGAUGGGUCAUUCCAGGAAAGAUCCACACUCCAAUGGACAACAUUUCUGCUGGCCGGAGGGGUAGGCACCUUUUGACAGAUUUGAAACAGAGCUGAUGCUCAACAGAAAUCCAACACACAAACAGCAGAGCCUUAUUUUCCUUUCUCGGGGGAAAUCAGGCUCCACUUGCAGGGUAUAAAAAUAUAUAAUAUGCUGCUAAUACGUACUUGUGACCAUUGAACUCUGUAAUUACUCCUUCCAUUUUUUUUCUAGAAAAAAAGACAAGACAGUACAUCAUAA